AUGUUUCUAUCUAUCAUCGCCUGCCGAACGCGCAAACCGAAGAAACAAGACAUCGACGAUCAAAUUCUCUGUGCACGCCUUUUGGAGGCUGCCGUGGUCGCCCUUCCUAAUCUGCGCUAUGUCGCGUUUGCGCAGAUCCCUGACGAUGUACUCCGUUCAGCAACACGAGAAUACGGUCAGAGGCAGUGGCCCAAUGCGCGAUGGCAAUGGUGGCGAAUCAUCAGGGGCGCCGAAGGUAUUGAGGUCAGGGAGGUACCGACGUGGGAAGGGGAGAGGGUAAGGAAGUACAUGCGCGAUGCGGAUAUGGCCCAUGCAGACGACUUCGAUGAUCAGUUCGAGGCGCUUCGUUAA